AAGGAGAACAGCCCGGGAGGGAGCGGGCGGUGGGGCUGGGGUGGGGGACACGGGUGGGCUGCGGAGGCUGUGGUGGGGGGUAAGGGGUGGGGUGCUCCCGAGAUGCUCCUUCGCUCACAAGAGACUCCAUCCCUCGUGAGAUAAUCAUCGCUUGUGAAACAGCCCUCCAUCCCUCGGGAGAUGCUGCACCGCUUGUGAAACGACGCUCCGCCACGCGUGAGAGGCUCUAGCGCUUGUGAGACAACGCUCCACCGCUCCUCGCAGACGUUCCCACGAUCACUCUGGGGAAGGGACAAGGGGCUACGUGGUCCUGCCAAGGGACAACGUGCUUGAGGUGCCGGCGUGGGCAGCCUCCUGGCAUGCGGUUUGCAGAGCAGCUGGUGCAGACAGCCGGUGCUGCGCGGCCACCUGCCAUGCUGGAGGAUGGCGGGGCCGGCUCCGGGCACUGACGUAUGUUCGGGACAAUCUGAGCGAUAACGAAGUUUUUCAUUUGGCCGCCCGCGGCUCCCGCUGCACCGCCCCUGCGGCUGCGGGGAGGGGUAUGGCCCUCGUGGGUCCCCUGGGUGCCGUGGGAAGCGCUGGCUCCUCGGCUGCGCGGAGAAGAGUCGCACGCGUCGGGACCACUGGCGAGGCAUGGCCACGCUCGGCAUGGGGCUCCGGCUACCACUGCGCCGGAGUGCCAGCUUCACCCCUGACCACCCUGCCCUCAUGGAGGUGCCUGGCCCCGCUGCCCUGAAGAUGGAAGCAAACGUCCUCGUUAUGGGAGCGGACAAUGUGGGGAAAUCAGCUCUGACUGUGCGUUUCCUCACCCGGCGCUUUAUCGGGGAGUAUGGAGACAUGGAAUUCAUCUACAGCCACAACCUGACCGUGGACGGCCGAGAGAUUCUCUUCCACAUCUGGGAUGUCCCCAAUUCCCAGGAGCAGGCAGAGGAGGGAUCCUCAGAGGAGAAGCGAAUCCAGUGGGCAGACAGCUUUGUCCUGGUCUAUAGCAUCUGCGACCGUGCCAGCUUCAACAUCCUGCCACUCAAAAUCCAGUUCAUCAAGGCGGCCAAGGAGGGGCAGAGCCAGGAGAAGGUGCCCAUUGUCAUUGUGGGCAACAAACGCGACCUGCACCACCAACGGGUGGUGUCCAGCGAGGAGGGUCGGCUCCUGGCCCUCUCUUUAGACUGUGGUUUCUAUGAGGUCUCUGCAGCCGAGGCUUAUCAUGGGGCCCUCAUGGUCUUCCACGGACUGGCUGCGCGUAUCCCUGACACCAAACUGGCACUGAAAAAGGGGACGGGGAUUCGUGGCAUCGUCAAGACCGUGUCAGCUGUGUUUGCCCGUAAGCGAACGGACUCCCUCUGAGCUAUGGCAUGGGUGUUGCUUCUCUCUGUGCUGCCCGGCUGGACUAAGCCUCAUCCCUGGGUGCCCACGGAGAUGGUGCAUGUUUCCAUAACUACAGUGGGUUCCUUGCUAUCCUCCUAAGGUCGGGGUCUGGGUCUCCUGCCAUACACAGCCAGUGUGGCUGAGGACUGUAGUGCCUUCCUCUUGGCUUUGUGAUGGGGCAGAGUCUGUACUCUUUGCUGUAACAGCUUUUUAAGUGCCUCCUGCUUUCUCCUUCCAUCCUCUAAUGCUGGAAACCACCAGGUGAUUUUGCUACUGCUCCAGGCAGCAACAUCCCCAGCUCCUUCGGCGGUAGCUGCCCAGGCUGUCGGUGAGCAGGGACAUGCAGCUUCUGCACGACCACCUGGCUCCCUGUCCCCCUGCUCCUACCCUGAGAUCCUUAUUCCUGUUUGACACUCAUCAGGGUCCUCUCGCUGGUAACCUUGGAGCACCCAUGAGCUGGCAAGGUAGGGGUUUCUCUGCUGGGGAACCACCGGCAGUUCCUGCGUGUGCAUCGCUGUGUGCAAGUGUCCCAGAGCCCACGGCACCCAGCUGACCCUGGAGGACCUCUGUGAGGGCUGACACCUCCCAUGCACCUGCCUUGCUUUUGAACCGUCCUGCUCGUGGUUCUCUCUCCCACCGCCUUUCAGCGAUUGCGGCAGUUUCCCUUGUGCAAGCGCCGUACAAACUCUCCCUGGGAAAAACCAGGCGCGUGGCUCGUUCCCAGGAUGGGGAUCGCACCGUGCGCCUUCCCAAGCUGCUCCUUCCGUAAGGAGCCUGUCUCUGGGGAGGAAAGGAGGUGGGGAAAGGGGUCGCUGGGCUCAUCACCGAACCCUUCUGCUGCCGGGAGGUUUUUUCCUGCCUCUCCCCAACCCCCCUGGUGCGCCUGGGAAAGCAGCAUGUUGGGUUUGUGUGUGCAGUACAGACAGUGAUUUCUCUGCUGUGUUCUGGAAAUGCAAUAAAUCGUCUUUGGCAU